GCAUCCAAUCUUACCAAAGCAAAAAUAUAUGGUGGGCCCCAUUAGCUGAUAUCUAAAGCAAAAACAUUUUGACAUUAUACAACCCACAUUGACCGGGUUCUCUCCUUUUAUCCAACACAAGAAAAAAAUGACACUUUUGAAUCAAAAGUAAAAUAUAAAUAAAUAAAGAAAAUAAUUUGACUAAGUCAAGCUCACUAAAAAGUCAUUCCCCUAGUUUUCCCCUAUAUAUACAUAUAUACUAUAUAUCCUAUGUAUGCAACAUUAGAAACAAACAAAGAAUUUAAUCAUAAGUGAUAAAUAAUAAAUAAAUUUAUUACAAAAGUAAUUAUUAAUAACAAUAAUGGGAAGAGCACCUUGUUGUGACAAAACAAAGGUGAAGAGAGGGCCUUGGUCUCCUCAAGAAGACAACACUCUCAAAAACUAUGUUGAGAAUCAUGGUACUGGUGGCAAUUGGAUUGCUUUGCCUCAUAAAGCAGGGCUUAAGCGUUGCGGCAAGAGUUGUCGACUGAGAUGGCUGAAUUACCUCCGGCCGAACAUCAAACAUGGCGGCUUCACUGAGGAAGAAGAUCAUAUCAUAUUAACACUCUAUCAUAAUAUUGGAAGCAGGUGGUCGGUCAUAGCUUCACAACUCCCCGGAAGAACCGAUAACGACGUGAAAAACUACUGGAACACCAAGUUGAAAAAGAAGCUACUACUGGCGGCGGCAGCCACCUCCACCACCACCUCCGCCGCCACCACCGCCACCACCUCGUCGUCGAACAACAGCUUCACUAGUGUUACGACGAACAAUUAUAACAACCUUUGGCAACCUUCUUCCUCUUCUAUUUACAGCACAAACGAUAUUAUUAAUUAUGAAUUAAUUAAUAAUAUGUUGCCAUAUUUUCCGUCCAACGAUCAAGAAUUGAUGAACCCGCUUCCGGGCCUCACGGAAAUACCCGAAAACGAAACCGAGGUCGAAAACAAUGCGUAUAAUUGUGGACUGUUUCACCCCUGUGCAGCUCCUCCAUUUUCAGGCCAGCUUACUACAUCAUUUUCUCUAGACAACAAUAUUAUUAUUAAUAAUAAUAAUAAUAUUAAUAUUAAUGGCGAAAGUGAAGAAGACAAGUUUCUGGCUGAAAUGGUCUCUGAUUAUUACAGCUUUGAUUUUUCAAGACAAUUUCUGUAA